UAAAAUCGACGAAAUUUAAACCAAAAAUGAAGUUUGCAACGCUGGUAACCUUGCUAGUUCUAGGAACUGCCUGCUGCUUUGCUUCAGACGAAGAAGAUGUUUCCGGACCAAAAAGGACGGAGGCGGCCGAGGAGCGAUUUUUGGAUUUGAGUCGAAAAUCUAGACAGUUGCUUGGAUCUGGUAUCGGCGGAUACUAUCCGUACAGCAACGGAUUUGGACAAGGACUUGGAGGUUAUCCGUAUUCCUACAGUAACGGAUUAUCCGGAUAUUCUUCCGUCGGUGGAUAUCCCUAUGCUACUGGAGGGUAUGGUAGCGGGUUGUACGGCAACACUGGAAUUUACUCCAACGGGUUGUAUGGCAAUGUUGGGCUAGGUGGCUACUCCGGCGGAUUCAACCCUUUGGCAGGAGGAUACAACACUGGCCUAUACAAUGGAUUCCAGCAGCAGCAGCAGCAACAGCUGUACAACGACCCUUAUAACCCAAUUGGAAGCCGGGGAUUUUUUCCUGGAUCACCUUUCUAUAGAAGACCCUUUUGAGUUAUCGAGAGUGAUUGAUGAUGAUGAAGAUGGCAGCGAACCCAGAACUUUAAAAGGCUAUAUAAUAAAUCCGAUAUUAUGA